CUCCAGGCUCCAGCUCUCACCCGCCGCUUCCCCUCUGUGCUGCCAGGUUCUCCCCGGCCCCAGUCUGAUGCCCGUCCCGCCGUGCAAUGAGUCUAUGAGCCCCCUCCGGAUCAGCGUGGGCGGCCUGCCUGUCCUCGCGUCCAUGACCAAGGGCGCCGACCCCCGGUUCCGACCGCGCUGGAAGGCCAUCGUGCUGUCGUCAGCCUGCGUGGGCUUCGUGCUGCUGCUCUUCUGCUUGCACCGGCCCUCCCCGGCGCGGCCCGUCACGCCCAAUGCUCACAACUGGCAGCUCCGGCUGCGGGCAGAGGACCGCUACAACGACACCUACCCGCUGUCCCCCCCCCAGAGGAACCCCGAGGGCGUGCGCUACCGCAUCGGGGUCAUUGCGGACCUGGACACUCAGUCCCGGGGCUCUGAGGAGCACACCUGGUUCAGUUACCUGAAGAAGGGCUACCUGGUGCUGUCGGCCAGCGGGGACAGCGUGACGGUGGAAUGGGACAAAGAGGAGAGCGUGCUGCGGUCCCACCUGGCCGAGAAGGGCAGGGGCAUGGAGCUCUCGGAGCUCGUCGUCUUCAACGGGAAGCUGUACUCCGUGGAUGACCGGACGGGGGUGGUCUACCAGAUCGAGGGCAGCAAGGUGGUGCCCUGGGUGAUCCUCUCGGAUGGGGACGGCACCGUGGGGAAAGGCUUCAAGGCGGAGUGGCUGGCGGUGAAGGACGAGCACCUGUACGUGGGGGGCCUGGGCAAGGAGUGGACCACGACCACGGGCGAGGUGGUCAACGAGAACCCCGAGUGGGUGAAGGUCAUCGGCUACAAGGGCGACGUGGGCCACGAGAGCUGGGUGGCAAACUACAACGCGCUGAGGGCUGCGGCUGGGAUCCGACCCCCAGGUUACCUGAUCCACGAGUCGGCCUCCUGGAGCGACACGCUGCAGCGCUGGUUCUUCCUGCCGCGCCGCGCCAGCCACGAGCGCUACAACGAGAAGGCAGACGAGCGGCGAGGCACCAACCUGCUGCUCAGCUCCAGCCAGGACUUCGGGGACAUCACGGUGGGGCGGGUGGGUGAGGUGGUCCCCACCCACGGCUUCUCCUCCUUCAAGUUCAUCCCAGACACGGACGACCAGAUCAUCGUGGCGCUGAAGUCGGAGGAGGACAACGGCAAGAUCGCCAGCUACAUCAUGGCCUUCACGCUGGACGGACGCUUCCUCCUGCCGGAGACCAGGAUUGGGAGCGUGAAAUACGAGGGCAUUGAGUUUAUUUAACAGACUUCGCACUGGACCGGGGGGGCGGGGAGGACGGGGGCUGCGGGGCAGGCCCUGCGCUCGGUGAGGCGCACGCUCCGAGGGACGCCGCGCUCGCAGCUCUGUGGUUGGUGUCGGCGUCCCACCUAAAGCGUUGGCUUUGCUGCAGCGCGCGUGGGGCGAGCGUUUCGGCAGUGGCACCUGGUGGCAAAGGGCUGCCACCACAGGGUGCUGCGGCCUGCCACCCGCCCAGGCUCAGGGAAGUUUCCCCGCGCUGCAGCCGUCGCUGCCCGGCACCUCCGCGGGCCGCUGGCGCUGGUGGCAGCCGCGCGCUGGGUUCCAGCUGAGGACGGAGCCCCCGCUCGCCUGCCCUGUGCCAGCCUGUGCCCCGGGAGGGCACCGUCCCCGCACCCCUGCAGCCCUGUGCCUGGGCUGGUGCUGCCCUCUGCUCCCUGGUGCCAUCGGGAGCCUCCCUGGCCUUGGGCAGCGCCUUCCCCAAACUGCCUGGGGACGGGGCCUGACCUGGGCACAAGGGCCCCUCAGUGCCAGCAGCGUGUCGGGGGGGGGGAGCCCCUGAUCUGCCUCCCCAGCACCUGGCUGGGAGCACACGGGAGGUGUGGGGACAGAUGUCCCCGUGUCCCCCACCACUGUGAGGGGAGGAGCGUGCUUGAGGGGGACAUUGGCCAGAUCUGUCCCCAGGUUAGGACACGACCCGGGGGACAUGGCCACAGCAGGGUGCCAGCCAGGGCAGGGGAGGGCAGGGUGGGCUGGCCGAGCUGGUAGCUGCAGGGGAUUUCGUCAGGCUGUUUUUCACCCAGUUAGCUGGUUUUACUUCCCUUUUCACAUAAACCAUGUGGCAAUGGGUAACGG